AUGCAAUACAACAAUCCAAACACCCCACAACAAACAGCAGACUGUCUCCUCAAGGAGACGCAGCAGCAGCAGCAGCAGCAACAGCAGCAGCAGCAGCAACAGCAGCAGCAGCAGCAGCAGCAGCAGCAUAUUUUUGCAUGCAAUGCAACAACCCAAACACCCCACAACAAACAGCAGACUGUCUCCUCAAGGAGACAGCAACAACAACUGCAGCAGCAGCAGCAACAACUGCAGCAGAAGCAGCAGCAACAACUGCAGCAGCAGCAGCAGCAGCAACUGCUGCUGCUCCAGCAACAACUGCUGCUGCUACAGCAACAACUGCUGCUGCUGCAGCAACAACAACUGCAGCAGCAGCAGCAACAACUGCAGCAGAAGCAGCAGCAACAACUGCAGCAGCAACAACUGAAGCAGCAGCAGCAGCAAUUCCUGCUGCAGCAACGGCACAGCAGCAACACGUCGCGCAGCUGCAGCAGCAACAUUGCUUCUCCUGCUGCAGCAAUGCUGCUGCAGCAGAACCCAGCUCCUCUCCUUGAAGACACAGAGCAGCAAAUAUACUACACACAGCAGCAGCAGCAGCAGCAGCAGCAGCAGCAGCAGCAACAGCAACCAGCAGCAGCAGCAAAUGCAGCAAAUGCAGCAGCAACAACUGCAGCAGCAACUGCAGCAACAACUGCAGCAAAAAUGCAGCAGCAACUGCAGCAGCACCUGCAGCAGCAACUGCAGCAGCAACUGCAGCAUCAACUGCAGCAGCAGCAGGAACUGCAGCAACAACAGCAGCAGCAGCAGCAGCAAGAGCUCAGCCUUCCUGCAGCAGCUGCUGCAGCGGCUGCAGCAGCACCUGCUGCAGCUGCUGCUCUGGCAGCAGCAGCAGACGACAUGCAGCAGCAAAAGGAGCAGCAAGAGGAGCUCGUUGCAUAG